AUGACGGUUCAGCAACUGUUACAAGACUUAGUUGAUGCUCUCACAUCAGGUCCACCUAUUUGGCCAGGAAGCACCUUUUUCAAGAGAAAUGGAGCUCUUCUGCAAGAUCCUGACAUUGAUGCUGCCACUGCCAUGAUGCUUUUGAAUACUCCCCCUGAGAUACAAGCAGGUUUUCCUCCUGGAGUGAUACAAAAUGGAGCUCGCAUACUGAGUAGAGGAAUUUUCCCAGGAGUUAGACCACUGCCAAUAAACCCUAUUGGAAGCAUGGCUGCUGCAGUAAGGAAUGGAAUAGCAAACUGUCGGAUGCGGACAGACAGUGAGCAGUCCUGCGACUCUCCCGUGGUUAGCGGUGACCCAAAGGAGGAUCACAACUAUAGCAGUGCCAAAUCUUCUAACCACAGGAGUACAUCGCCCACUAGUGACUCCAUCUCCUCUUCCUCUGCUGAUGACCAUUACGAAUUUGCUACAAAAGGCAGCCGGGACAGUAGCGAGGGCAGUGAGGUCAGCGUCCAUAGCCACGAGAGCCAUAGCGAAGCAGAGGAGGAGGACAAAAGGCAGAACCGAAAAGAGACCAAGGAUUCUUUAGCUGAUAGUGGAUAUGCCUCUCAGCACAAGAAGCGUCAGCAUUUAUUGAAGGCAAGAAAAGUACCGAGUGACACACUGCCUCUUAAAAAGAGACGUACAGAGAAACCCCCAGAGAGUGAUGAUGAGGAAAUGAAAGAAGCAGCUGGAUCACUCUUGCAUUUGGCGGGAAUUCGGUCUUGUUUGAACAACAUCACCAAUCGGACGGCAAAGGGGCAGAAGGAGCAAAAGGACACCACAAAAAACGAGAACAAAUCCAUUGAUUGAACUUACAAAACAAUUUUGUUUCAGCACGUCAGGUGAAUUCUAAUGAUUAGUGGCAAUAUCAACAAAUACUUCCUUUGUUCAGUUUUCUCUUUUCUUCCCCUCCACCACACCCUCUUUCUCUCUUUUUCUUUCUUUUUUUAAAAAAUUGUUUUGAUGUGUUUUUCUUUUUGGGACCCUUAAGAUUCUUUUUUUAAUUUUUUAUUUUUAAAGGAGAUUGAAGCCAUAGAACUCAUACUGAUACUCAACUAAUUUUACAAAAGCUUUUCAUUACAUGAAGACAAAAAGGAACAAAAAGUAAAAGCCAAAAUUGCUGUUGCUUUCUCCAGCGUUGUCAGAACUGCAUAGCUGGAAAACUUUAUGCCAUCACCAGUUCACGCGAGAGGAAUAAAAUUCAGCACUAGGAAAUCUUAUACCUAGAAGAAAUUUGAUAAUUUGGUAACCAUUCAGGCAAGGCUCUUAGGGUUUUUUUAAGGCCUUACAAUUGGGUUUCUAUGUGAAAUUGCCUAGAGAUUUGGGGGAAGUCAGAGGUCCAUAGGUUGUCCUCCAAACCAAGGAAAAUAUGGUGGCAUUUGCUUGCAGUUGUGCCAUAAAAAUCUUGGAAUAGCCACUAAAGACAGCUGCUCAUACAGUAGUGAACCACCUAGAGCUUCAUGUACUGUACAUGGCUUAUAAUGUGAAGACUUAAUAAUUUUUAAAUUAUAGAAAACUGAACUGUGUAUGCAAUGAGUUUCAGUGAAAUAAGGAGAAAGGGGUGGAGGGAAUGGGGGUGGGAUUAGUGAUAUCCUUUAAUUGUCUUCUGUAUUUAAAUUAAAAGAAUGUUUUUUUAAAAAGCCAUAAGCCUGAAGAUUGGCACUGCCUGCAAAAAUAUUAUGGGAAAACAAGCUAUGAGUUUUUAACUGCCUGAGUGAAAAGCAAUCAAGUCUAAAGAAAAUUAUGAGUAGAUAUUUAAGAAGAGUCAAAAUGAUGAAACCUUUCUAUAGGUCACAAAGAUUUGAUCUCGCUAGGGAAGAAACAUGCUACAAAACCUGCCAUUAGUAUUAUAGUCCUUUUUUUUUUUCAAAAGAAGAAUCCAUGUUGGUUGGGCAAAAUAAAAGACAAUAUUUCAUACAGCUCCUAACAGUGCUCCUGAAAACAGUGUAUCCAGUUAAUGGUGAUUCAUUUGUACAAAAAAAUUACAGUAUAUUUCCAGUUGUAACCACUGUAGCCAGCAGAAAAUUCUGAUCCACAUUGCAUGGAUUCCUUUCUGGGAGGGGCUCGGGAGUACGAAACAAAACCCCUUUUUUUAAAAAAUUCAAAGCUAACAAAAGUUCUUGUAAGGUAAAUAAUGUAUUUAGCAUGAAGCAUGAGUUAUUUUCAUAUAAAUAUAGAAAAAUAGAGAAAAGGCUAUGCCUCUAAUUUUUAAGCCCUUAGGCUUAGUUUGUUUCUGGGGUUUUUGUUUUUGUUUUGGAUUUUUUUUCCCCUCCUUUUUUUUCCUUUUUUUUGGAAGCAGGUGUUUUUAAGGUUUAACCUUUUUCAGGGACAAAUACUGACUGUUGGGGAACUUACUCUGCAAUAUUAAAAAUAAAACUUCAUGCUCGGGUAGGGCUUGGAUGGUUGAAUUUUAUUGCCUUGUCUGCACAUUCAGCCCCCUCCCCUACUUCUCUGUUUUUUGAACACUUUGUCCUUUCUUUGUCUUUACAUGUAUUAACAAUACGCAAUAAUUUUGAGGGCAAGGCAAGUAGUGAGUGUGUAUGAUUAAAAGACUCCAUAUGGAGACAUUGAAUGAAAAGCUGCCACUUAGUUUUGGGGGUGGGGGGUGGAAAUGGUAACCACACAAAUUUGCUCAUCUGCCUUGAGGGAACAAAUGACGAAAGGGCUUCUAUUUGUGUUCAUCAAGUGAUUACAGAUUGUUUGGUAAAGAGGUAAUUCGCUUGUGACCGUACCUGUUUUGCAGUGUAUGGCAACAUAAAUGGAUUAAAAGCUUUGCAAUAAGGCUG